AUGGCUCAUCAGUACGGCCCCUAUGUUCGACUCUGGGGCAUUCGUCCGUCACAGCUGCCCUCAGAGAACGCGUCAGCUCAGGAUCUCACUCCUUUACUCCAGUCAAUAUUGAACGAAGCAGUUACUUUUGUCGACACCGUACCGCCACAACCAUCAUCCUCAUCAUCAUCGGCCUCGUCGGGCAGAUCCAACCAGGGAACUGGAGAUGGACCAUGGAAGGCCAAGGGAUGCAGGGCGUUUCACCACUCAGCCGCGCCAGUGCACAUGUUUGAGCGGGUUGUCUCAGCUGAAGAGCUGAAAGCGAUAGCCAAGGACCAGAACCUCCCCCAGGCGACCAACGGCUCAAAAUUCAAGCCAGAAACCUGGAGUCUGAGACGAAGUGUUCACGAAGGAGCGAAGAAGGCCGGCACCGCAGACUGGGAAGAAUGGCUACAGUGUUUCAAGGAGGGCCACGCAGACGCGGAGAUGAAGUUUACUCCCACGGUGAUGAGCCACACGCUGAAGAAGCAGUGGGAUUGCACGGGCGCAGAGGUCACGCUGGGAGGCGACGUGUACGAGAACCUCACACUGAAGCUGGAAGAGUCGGUGCACAAGAUGCCUGCGCCGCUCAACAACCGCGCGUUUCCCGUGCUGCAGGUGACGGCGGCGGUACGAGGACGGCGCGAGUUCAUCGUUGUUCAGAUCGCGGCGGUGCCGGAGACUCUGAGCAGCGAAGAGUCAAGGUCCGACGGCGCCCUGAGAGGCACGUACACGAGCGUGGAGCGCUUUCGAGAGGUGGACGAGCAAGGAAACGUCGAGUGGCUGAUGGGGACGGUGUCGGAUGCGAGAGGCGUGCUGCCGGCUUGGAUCCAGAAGAUGGCGGUUCCGGGGCAGAUUGCCAAGGACGUGGACAUGUUUCUGGAAAACGGCUCCAAGCUCCUCGCCCAAGCAGAUGCCCUCGCACGCAUGACCAUCGAGUUCAACGUCCGCGCCGUCAGCGCCCAAACAGAGCGUCUGGAAAAGGGCCUCAACAAACUCAUGAUGUCCACCAAAGAAGACAAAGAAUUCCGAGAAAGCCACGACGCGAGGCUGCAGAGCCUGUGUAAGGAGAUUCUCGUGGUGAAGCAGCGCAUGGAAGAGAUUCAGGGGCCGGAGUGGAAUGGCAGCGGUAAGGAUGGGCUGGAAGGGGUUAAGAAGGAAGUUGAUGCGUCUAUUGAGUUGUUGAAGAAGGAGAUGGAGGAGCUCAAGGGUUUGGUUGGGGAUAUUUCGAGUACGUUGGAUAAGCUCCCGACGGCGGCUGAAGCAGAGGCUUUGAUAAGGCGUACUCAGGCUUCAGUAUCAACAGGAGGGGGUAGAGAGAUCCAAACGAGAUCAAAGGCUGCAAAGACACUCGCGGAAUCUAUCAAUGAAACAGCAAGAAGCCAAGUUUCCAUCAAGCAGCGUAUAGACGAUGCAAUCGGCUCAACCCGUCGCUGGAACCGAGACCACAAAACAACCAAGCUGAGCGAUGCCACUUUCAUAGCCAACUACCUUAGACAGCAAUCCAAACGCGACCCACCAAUGGCAGUCUACAUACAAAGAUCGAUCAAGCGCCAUGUCAGCCGCAGUGCUCGCCAAAAGGCAAAGGAUCGUCCCAAGAACCUUGAGCAGUUUUGCCAGGAAUUGGUGUGGAAGGACGUCAUCGAGACGGCGGAGGAGGUGCUGGUGAGGAAUGUGGCGCGGACAGCGAAAGCGUUGGAGGAGCGGGUGGGCUUGUCAUGA